AUGACUUCUUUCCUAUUGAGUGAUGUGUCGACAUCGCCCUCUCCAGAGCCAAAAUAUGUCACCCAGAAGCAAUGUGUCACUCAUCUCAAGCUUCUCUCAGCUUUUGCUGAAUUGCGAGAUGUAGUUAGCAACAAUGACGGGCUUUUCGGGCUUCAUGACACAGACGGACAUCAAGAGGGUGAUGUUCAAGACAAAUACCAUGCCUUGGUUAAGGAGAAGCGCUGGGCUGUAUAUGUCGCACGGGCUGUGAAACGAUACACAACUUGGUGGUUCAGUUGUCUCCCAAGCCCGGAACCGCUUCCCAAAAUGGCAGAUAUUCGCAGAAAUGCUUAUGCCAAUGUCGUCAAGCCCGAGAAAAUAGUGCAGUGGCACCAAGAUAUCCUUCCACCCCUAGAUGUUCUCAUGGUGUGGCACUCGCAUAUGCUGAAUCCACGCAAGUAUCUCGAAGACUGUAUCCGGUAUGGCAAGAUGUGUGUUUGGGGUGCAAAUUUCCCUUGGGAGCUUCUUGACCAGCAGAUCGAUGGCACAACUUUUUAUUACACGGCAACUGGGGAAGCGUGUCGGUAUUUCGAGUCUCAGGUCGGUUCUAGUUGGGACAACCUUCUUGAUCCGCUCACUACCAUUGUUCAAUGUCCGAACUGCGGCACCGAGGUCAUCGUCAGCUGGACAACAAUCCCAGACAUGACAGACGUCAAACACCCUUUUGACAUCUGCACAGGCUUAGCUGACAAAGGCUUCCGUGCUGUCUGCCACAAAUGUGAAUACAUGAUCGACCAAGAGAAGCUAAAGCUGGCCAAGUGGCGUCAAGAUGUGAGGUCAGUGCGGGAACAGAGUCGGCCUAUGCCCGGGUGCUUCUACAACUUACGUGGUGUCCCAUUUCCAGUGUCCAUGAGCUGGAAAGAAGCAGCAUUUCUAUAUCCAAGCCAACUUAUCCGAGUUGUAGCAGACGACAUACUGGAGUUUACCGAUCCCAAGUUCAAUAAAUGCCACAGUAUCGCCGCUGUGCGCGAUUAUCUCAAGAAAAGAGUCCAAGAACGCAAAGUCCUGCAGAUGGCACACGAGUCACAUUUCUCAAAGGUUCAGCCCACUCGGGUUGAGAAGAUAUGCAUCCGUCGGAUGAUCUCUCGAUACUGGGAUAACUCUGGCCCAUUUUCCCUGGACUUGCUCGCCGCUGUCAUCAGACAGGGUAAGUUUAUUCAACAAAUGGACCGUAUCAACUGGCUUAGGUCACCGACUCUCCACGCCACCACAAACCGAAUGAUCAGAAAGUACAGUGUCUUCUUCGGAAUCAUGGCUGAUAACCCCAAAGAAAUGGCCGUACCGACACUAGAUGUGGAUUUGGCAUGGCACACACACCAACUUUCUCCCAGACAAUAUUACAACUAUAGUGUGCGUUUAACCAAUAGGCCAAUGCAGUUCAUCGACCACAAUGACAAGAUUGAUGAGCUAAAACUAACUAAUGGAUUUGAAUGGACUUGCAAAACAUACCGUGAGGUUACCGAUGGGGAGAUCUACAGCGAAUGCGUCUGUUGGUUCUGCGAGGCGAUCCGCUAUCCCGAUCUCUACGGUCAUUUCCGCUCAUCAUUGUUGUGGCUUUCCGAUGCUCGCAAAGCCGUUGAUGAGUUGCACAGACAGCAUGAUCAAGCCUCUAAGUCUGACAGUGGGCCGCACAUUUCUAUUCACAGUGCUGUCCGCCUUCAGAACAGUGAGGUCAACCGAAUAAUGAGAGAAACCAAAGCUUUGCAGCUUCUAGAAGCUUACAGAAAGUCCCUCAGGCGGGCUCAAAAGCAUUCCCGUUCAUCCAAGGCGCUUGAAUCUGCCAUCGCAGCGGUCAACUCUCUUGUCUUGCCAACCAGUCUGACUACGGACUCAGUCGUUUCUCAGGACGAGACAAGCAUGUUGUCAUCCGAGGAAGAUGAGGUCAACCAUGAGAAUAAUCAUGAGACCGUCGACGCCAUUUCGAAUUUCUUCGACGGCAUCGAGAAACUUGUAGAUGGACUUGAACAGCUGUUCCAUGACGAUCCUCACU